UCUUUCUUUGGCAACACGGGUGGUGGCUCAGGGCGAUCGACGCAUCCUGGCUGAGACAAACAAGGGACCAGCCAUCAGACAUCUCCACGACAGCGCCUCUCUUUCUCGCUCGUUUCUCUGGUUAUUAUUUAUCCUUUUAGUAUUUCUUUUUCUUUUUCUGAUUCCCUGCCCAGGUUGGUUUUUCCAAUUAACUUGCUUGCAUUAUCGUUCCACCUCUCAGCAGGCUGGCCUUCUGUUGCAUCCCAAACGCAAUCUAUCUACAUCAAACACGCCGCGCGGUCAAUUCCCAGAACCAGUUCGAACCAGGCUCAACGAUUCGAGCUGUCUUUUCAACGCAAGCAUAGAGUGAGGAGCAAAGAACAUCUGCAAAGAUGGGGUUGAGAUCAAGGUCGACGUUCUAUCCGAAAGCGCCAUUUCAUGUCAUCCGCUUCUGCAGCGUGGUAUCUACAUUGAUCGUAGGCGGAAUCAUGGGCUUCUUUAUCUACCACCUGCACCAAGAUGGCUUCAGACUACCAUGGGCGUUCCUUGUGAUCACGAUAACGACCGUUCUCACACUCAUCAAUUUCGUGUUCACCUCUUGCAUCCACUGCUGCAGUGGCGUACCGCCUCUCUGGUCUCUUUUCUUUAACUUUGUUCUGUUCAUGCUGUGGACUAGCUCCCUCGGGCUGCUUGGUUGGAGCAUGUCCGGUACGCUCAUGACCACCUGUGACACCUCCAAUUGGGGUACCGAGACUGGGAUCAUGGUCUGCCGCGUCUACAAAGUCUUGUUCACCUUCACGGUGACUGCCUUCGUUGCGCAGCUGUCGGCAGUCGUUCUUGACAUCGUCGCUCGUCGCCGCCAGCACGAUCGGGACAGAUACGACCCCAUGGUCUCCGACACUGCUCUGGCAGAUGUCAAGGUUGACAAGCGCAUCAGUAGUGCCUCAAGUACCAACACCAACGAUCCAUCCACGGAUGCGUACAAUGCCUUCGGCACCAAUCGACCUAAGCCCCAGCCGCAGUACCAGGGUCGGACGCAGCAGCCCACUUAUGCUGCUUCCCUUGAACAGUACCACGCAGGGGAGGCACAGGACUACUACGAGCAUGUUUCCACGCGUGGUGAAGCGACACAGCCCAAUGCGUACUACGGAAACUACAACCCAUACGGAGGCUACGCAGGCUACACGCAACCGCCGGAGCAGACACGGUAUGAUCCGGGGAUGUACCGAUAAAGGAUAAACGCCACGCGUGCAUCCUGUCCUUUUUUCUUUCCAAGCACCAUCGUUCUUGUGUCAUUUCCGUCUCAUUUUGUUUGAAUUUAUGAACCUGCGCUGGUCGACAAUUUACGACGAUAUGACCCUCCUUUUGGUUUAUUUUGUCGGUUCCUGGUCGGACCUCUGCCUUUCCCGUUAGGGGGGUGUAAAAAGAAGUGGAUAUUACGGCGUUGGAUUUGGCGAAUUUCAACGGAAGAUAGUACUGUUAUAUAGUACACAGAAAGGUGGAGAUAUCGGCAUCUAGUCGGCGUUGUUGGGAGGAACAUUUGCCUCUAAUCCUUUUUUUUUUGGGCGGUCUCAAGGCACCGUUUUCAGAUAGCCUAGCACUAGAUAGUGGAAUGGAGAUCGAAAAUUGAAUGAAGUCAAUGA